AAUAAUUGCUGUACGACUAUAAACAGAUAUGCUAGGUCCAUUAUUUUACACAUAAUGUCAGACUCUGAUAAUAUUUUACACUCUUUGGAUGAAACAUUAAAACAAGAAGAAGAAUUAAUGUUUGGGCUGGAUCAUGUUAAUUAUGAUACAGAACAAAUAACAGAAAUCUAUAUAAACAAAAAUUGUUGUUCAAUAUUUGACAUCUGCAAUAGAACCAUCCCAACCAUACAAUGAGCAAAGUACGUUGGUUGGAAAGCGAAUGAAAACGGUGAAAGAGACUUCAUAUGGAUUGGAAGAUAUUCUCAUGGAGAUGCCUAGUAGAACUCUAGGCCGCAGAAGAGGAGCGUUCAUUGAAGACGUGGUUGCAUCAGGGAGGCAGGAUUAUAACACAGGGACUUUUUCACGGAGUACCUACUCCCGGAGGUUUGGGAGCAACCGGAGGCAUCGGAGGAUCAUGGAAGUUGGGGGAGGAGAUGAGCAAAUGGCGGAGGAAAUUUUUAAAGAAAUUAUUGAGGAUAAUAAAGAAGUCGACAACGAAGAAAUUCGAGCUAUUGCAGUGAAUAUGAAAAUUAAAAGAAAAAUCAGGAGACAAGCCUUUACAAACAGAGAGACAAAGAAAAAGAAUAAAAUUGGUUGCUGGUGGAUAUUUAGACACAAUAUGUCAUUGAAAUUUCGCCACUUUAAAGAAGAUACAAGAAAACUGUUUGCUUCAGCUAAAUUGUGGGACUACCAUCUGAAACAAGUGGAAGGGAAUUUUGGUUCAGGAGUUCACUCUUACUUCACUUUCCUCCGAGGGCUCUUCCUCCUCUCCAUUCCCUCCUUUAUCCUCAGCUUCUCGUUCAUCUCGAUCCCGCAGCUCCUGGAUCCUCCAGCGAGGAAUCAUCCGGAGGUAAAGUUUACGGGGGAGGAACUGAUCACUGGAGCAAACUGGUUUACUGAGACCAUCAUGUAUUAUGGUUAUUAUACAAAUGGAACAAUUCAAACAAUACCUGGAUCUGUGUAUAAGAUGCCACUUGCCUAUCUACUAGCUACUGCUGGCUAUUUUCUGCUGUGUCUACUAUGGCUGGUUAAAUCAACAGCUACAUCGUUUCGAAAAAAUUACAUUGAAGCCAAGGAAGAUGAAAGUGAUUUUAUCAGCAAAGUAUUUUGUGCUUGGGAUUUUGGAAUUACAUCAGACGAUGCCUCUAAGUUGCAACAUACAAUGAUUAGUACAGAGUUAAAGGAAAUAUUGGCCGAGAAAAGGCGACACAAGGAAUCUAGAUCUUCUGCAAAAAAAUGUAAAGUUUUUCUUUACCGUCUCGUAACAUGGAUGUUAUACCUUGGUAUCACUGGUGGUUGUAUGGCUUUAGUUUAUUUUGUCAACAAAGAGCUGCUUAAUAAGAUCAAGGAUUCACUGGAAGGAAUUGUGGUUUUACAGCAAAUAAGUUUAGCCCUGAUCAUAUCAGCCAUCAAUCUUGUGAUGCCGAUAUUUAUCAACCUCAUGACACAUUGGGAAGAUUAUAAAUAUCCAAGGCACGAGAUGUACAUAGCAGUUUUUAGAAAUUUUCUUUUAAAACUUGGCAUGCUUGCUGUUAUUUGUGCGUUUUGGACGGAUGGAAAUUUGAAAUCAACUCAUACAAAUCAAACGGCUUCAUGUUGGGAAACAGAUCUUGGUCAGGAGAUUUAUCGACUUGUAAUAAUUGACUUUCUAUUCACAAUAAUAUUUGCAACAUUUUGCGCCGAAUUUAUAAGAAAAUUAUUAACAAAAUGCAUUCCUAGUUUGAAACUGGCUGAAUUUUCAAUUGUUAACAAUGUGAUGGAUUUGAUAUAUGGUCAAACAUUAUGCUGGAUUGGCAUUUACUUCAGCCCACUUCUAUCUCUCAUUAUUAUAGUGAAAUAUUUUCUCGUGUUUUAUAUCAAAAAGGUUAGUGUGAUGCAAAAUUGUCGGAUGUCAACUCAGCGUUGGAGGGCGGCUCAAAGUCAAACGUUGUUCAACGCGUUUUUACUUUUAAGUUUCUUGCUGUGUGCCGCAUUCCUAUGUGUAGUGGUGUUUCUCGAAACACCAUCAUAUGAUUGUGGACCAUACCGUGGUUUGAACAGAAGUUAUGACGCGAUUAUUAUCGAGUUUCAGCGACUCGCGUCGGAUGAAUCAAGUUAUUGGUUUGCUGUCAUUAUGAACGUUAUAUCCAGUGUUUGGUUCCUAUAUUCUAUCGUGGUCGUACUUUCCACUGCAGUUGUGUUAGUACGAAGCCGAUCAAUUGGAUAUCGUAAGUUCGCUAAAGCUCUACGUGAACAAAUAGCAUUGGAAGGACAAGACAAAGCAUUAUUGCUGCAGUGGUUACGCGAUGUUUCAACCAAUCAUGGACAAUCUUCUGGUGGGCAGCAUGUUGUCCCACUGCUGAAACGACAUAGAGAUUCCAUUCACUCAAAUUCAACCUCAGCACCACCGUCCCGGCAUAACUCAAUAUCGCGCGAGUUUCAGCGUGAAUCUGACAUUCUAACAUACGUGGAUCCCCAACAUCUUGACGCAAGUCAUCUGAAAAUUAGCGAUGGAUCACCAGGCAAAGUUCGUAAACGAGAACAUAAAGACCCUCUUUUACAUAAAGCUCUUGUAAACCAAGCAAAACGACCUGCUACUCUGUAUAUGGAACAUAAUGCUGGUGAUGUUUUUGGAAGUGCAAGACAAAGUCCUGAAGAUCAAAUCAGAUCAAGCAGUUUCUCGAACCCUCAAAGAAAUAAUAGUCCAUCGACCUCAUCGAGUAACCAUGACAAUCGUGCUGCCCUUGCCAUGUCAUUAGCAAACCAACAUCCAACAGAACCAUCCUCACCUGUAUAUUAUGAUGAAGGAACAUUCUAAUCGAUUGUUUAAUUUUAAUUGUACUGUAUGUUAUUUUUCAACCCUACUUUAAUUGUGCAGUAUAUUUUUACAAUACUAUGUACAUUUGUUCCUGGUCUUCAAGUUAGAUGUUCAUGACAUGACAACUACCAUACAUAUACAGUGGCAAUUACUUUUACAUUGUGACAACAUAAUCAUGACUUUUGUUUAAUUUAAGUCAAUAUUAACGAUCAUACAACACAGUUUAUUGUGCGUUUGUGCCAUAACCCUUUUGUACCUUUGUAAUGCUCUCUACUUUAAUAAAGAAAUUAAAUAAUUAUUCUGUA